AUGUUCUUGUUGUUACUAUCAUUACGAAGAUAUAAUAAUAGUAACAUUAGUAGAGAAAUCGAUACAAAGCUUAUUUCAAUGUUUCCCGAAUGUAAUGGACGACUUUUGACAAAAAAUUUAGAUCAAAACAAAAAUCUCGACAUUUUCAAAACAUUGAGUAAUGACGAAUAUUUAUGUGUAUAUGGAUCAUUGAUUAUUGGAGCAAAUUCUUCAAUAUCUGCAAAUGUUUUCUAUCCAAAACUUGAUUCGAGGUUACAAAUUUCGAUAACUAACAGUACAAUCGUUGAUCCAUUUGUAAUAACAAAUAAAAUAGAUACUGAAGACAUUUAUACUGCUAUAUAUGAUAUUAAUCCUUUAUCCAAAGUUUAUUGCUCGAAUCAACUCCAAAACUGUGAAAUUCAGAUAUCAUUCAUUCAACAACCAUAUCAUAUUUCAACUGAAAUAACAAAUAAUGGAGAAAAUAUCAAAAUUGAAGAUGAAAAUGUUGUUUAUAUUUCAUCAGAUGAUAACUUCUCUGUUGAUGAAAAUGUUUCGUUAGAAAUAUCUAAAGAAACAAUCAAGUAUAAAACUUUAUCAGUAUUCAUUACUGGAAAUAAUAAAAAGAUUCUAAAAUACGAAAAGAAUGAUAAUAUAUUUGAUAUAUUCACUUAUAAUAUAAUCGAUAAAGAAGCAAAUCCAAAUAGUAUUCUUUUCUUCACAUCAUCAAAAAAUAUCAACUCAAUACUUCCUGCACAAACACCAAUUCCAAGUCCAGUUCCUACUCCAAUUCAAACACCAUUUAAUACACCAUAUCAAACAUUAUCUCCAACCUUGGACCGUUAUGUGAGAGUUAAAACAUUUAUACAUAUAGAAGAAGGUAUAUUAACAGAAACAGAAAUUAUAAUUGGUGUACGACAUGCAAAAAGGCUUAACAAAGCAAAGAAAUUAGAAAAUACAAUAGCAACACGAAUUGAAUAUCACAAAACACAUCCAAUUAUUAAAGAAGUAGAACAUUUAGAUAUUUAUUAUGAAGAUUUCGUUUUAAUGGGAAAUCAUCAGGCAAAAAAUGAUUUAAAAAUUCAUUCAGAAAAAAUAGAAGAACUGAAAGAAACAAAGAAUUAUUAUCCAAAUAACACUACAAUUGUUCUUAGAACAAACAAUGGUGCGAAGAGGCUUGUAGAUUUAAUUGAUGUUUCACAUCCAAAGCCUACAUCAAAACCAGAUGUUGACGCUGGAGUUAAAUUCCCAUAUUUGAUAGUAUUUUUAAGCGUUUUUGGUGCAUUAAUUAUUGCCUCUACAAUAGCUAUUGUAAUAGUAAUCUGUAUUAGACGAAAUCAUAGAGAAAAAACUUCGUCUGAUUCAAUAACAUGCAACACAUCAGAUGCUUACAAUUAA